CACUAAUUACUUUUAUAUCUAUCAUUUUCCCCGAUUUUAUAUACUAGGUUGUUUAUCGCAAUUUGUUCUUGGAGAUUACAGAGGGGAAGAUCUAUUUCAAUUAAAGAAAAGGUGAAAGCGCACAAUAAGGUGAUAUCACUUACACCAUGUCCGAUACUGUGAUUGCAUUUCGUUGCAAUGAUUUUGCAAUAGCGGCGGCGGCUGGUAUCAAUGCCUUUUAUUUCAUUAAAAUCACCGACUAUGAGGACAAGAUCACACAGCUCAAUUCUCACCAGAUGGUGGCGUGUGUCGGUGAAAACGGUCCGCGUGUGAACUUCACGGAGUACAUCAAGUGCAAUCUCGCCCUCAAUCGUGUUCGGCAGCAUGGUCGGGAGAGCACGUGCCAUUCAACGGCAAGCUUCAUGCGCGGGGAGCUGGCCUCCGCGAUUCGAAGCCGCAAGGGGGCGUACCAGGUGAACUGCCUCUUCGCCGGCUAUGAUGUUGGCACCUCGGAUGACGACACCAACACCUGCGGGCCGCACCUUUAUUAUUUGGACUACCUCGGCACGAUGCAGGAGGUUCCCUACGGGGCACACGGCUACGGUAGCACUUUUGUGAUUUCUCUGUUAGACCGCUUCUGGAAGCCGGACUUGACUCAUGUGGAGGGGCUGGAGCUGAUGCAAAAGUGCAUCGACGAGGUCAAAAAACGUGUGAUUAUUUCCUGUCAGCAUUUUUUUGUUAAGGCGGUUACGGCGAAUGGAGUGGAGGUGGUGGAUAGCGUUCACUAA